AUGUGCACAGAUGAUUCUCAUAUCAAUGAAAUCUCAACAUUCCUCUGGGUCGACGUUCAGAGGAAUUGGUCUGAUCCAAAUGUCUUCUUUGACAAAUUUGAGAUCAAGAAGAACUACAAAACUCAACUCAGUGAUGGAACGUAUGUAUUUAAGAUACAUUCCAUUAUUGCUUAUCAUCAAGGUCAUUUCGUUGCCUUCGUCAACAAAGGAAGAGUUUGGUUCAUGCUCGACGAUGAAAUUACUUACAUUGUUCCUGAUGGUUUGAUCAAAGGUCUUCAAGGUGGAGAUGUUGGCAGCGAUUUGUGGUCAUAUCUUGGUGGUGUCAAAUGGCUUGCAAAAUGUGUCAUCUAUCGCAAACACAAGUUCUAUGGUGCUGGUGAUGAUGAUGAUUGA